AUGCAAUCCAAUGCAACUCUCCAUCCAUCCAUAUGCACGCGCUCUUCACUUUUUUUUUGGGAAUUUUCUCACAACUGCUUUGUUUUAUCACUUCCAACCGUCCUUUAUUGACAGAUCAAUUUAUUGCACAAAAAUUGGAGCCGGAUGUUCUAAAGCAUCAAUGCAUUGGGGAAACUGAGACCCAUGGCAAAGUGGUUUAGAGAUCACCUGAGUUUUGGCAGCAGGAAAGGACCACCGCAGCCUCCCAAACCGGACUACACUGAAAGCGAGAUCCUCCGGGCCUACAGGACUCAGAAAGACCUGGACUUCGAGGACCCGUACGACUCCUCUGAGCACCGGGUUGUAAACGGCUCUGGCUCUAUAGAAACCUUCCCGACGUUCAGUACAGUGCUGUCUAACGGCGUGGAGGUGAAGAUCGUCUCUCCCAAACACAGACUGAUCAAAGUGGAAUCUCAGGAAUUCGGGCGCAGCAAAACGCCGCUAAACAUCGUGACCUUUGAGGAACCGCAGGCCCCUGUGGUUCCUUCGGCUCCUGUGGUUGGAGAGACGGAUUACUCGGACCCGUUUGACGCCAGGCCAGACCCGCGGCCCAGACCCGGCUGGGAACAGAACGCAGUGGAGGCCUGCAGCAGUUACAUGGAGCCGUUUGAGGCCCAGCGAUUCAUAAACGUGACGUUUGAAGCAGCGGACUGGGAUCAGUGUACUCUCCCAUGUGACGAGGCACUAAGGAAAGCAGGAGUGUCCAGAGUCAGCCCUCCGUCCAGCGGAGCCACCAGUUUACGAAAACCCCAUGGCAUCCUGGGAGAGAGAGUGGAUCCAAUGCUGCCCCUGGAGAAGCAGGUGUGGUAUCAUGGUGCAUUGACGCGUUCAGAAGCCGAAUCUCUGCUCACGCUGUGUAAAGAGUGCAGUUACCUGGUCAGGAAAAGCCAGACCAGUCGAAAUGACUAUUCCCUCUCUCUCAGGAGCUGCCACGGGUUCAUGCACAUGAAGUUCUCUCAGUCUCGUGACGGCAAGUUCAUCUUGGGUGAAAACAGUCCUCCGUUCGACUCCAUCCCCGAAGUCAUUCAUUUCUACACCACAAACAAACUGCCCAUCCGUGGAGCCGAACACCUGUCACUGCUGUUCCCGGUGCUUGUGCAGACGCUCUGAGACACUCACACACACACACACACACACACACACAUUGUCUCACACGCUCACAAACACUCAGGGCUUCGCUCAGACGGCGACUAUAGUGCUUAACUUUCAAUAACCGUGUUUCCACUGUUGAGUCAAACUGUUAGUAAAACCUGCCAUUAACACUCCUCAAUUAGGCAAAGUUAUAAGGAAUAGAUGCAAGUGUCUGGUCUACACGCUGUCUCACGAUUUGCAUACUUGAUAGGUUCUUGAUAGUAUUAAAAAAAAUAACUAGUGUCCCAAAUUGUAGUAUGUUUAAGUAUUUCAGAGUUAUUUCAGGUUGAAAUGUGAAGUGCAGAUUCACUUUCAAGAUAACGGCUAAUAUUGACCACAAUAUAUUCGAUUAGAACUACAAACAUGGCCCAAAGUGUUUUUAAAAAUAAACUACAAAAGUGGGGAAAAUUUGAGAAUGUUAAUCAGAAAGAGGCUUAGGUUAAAGU